CGUCGCCUGGCCCACGGCUCGGGCCUUCACGGCGACGACCCCGCGGGCGGCGCGGCCUGGACCUGCUUCCCGCUGGGCGAGCGCGCCUUGGUGCGCGUGCGCGGGCCAGACUCCGCGCCCUUCCUUUUGGGGCUGCUGACCAAUGAGCUACCGCUUCCGGGUCCUGCGGACGGCACGGCCCCACCCCCAGCGAGGGCGGGCUACGCCCACUUCCUUAACGUCCAGGGCCGCACGCUCUAUGACGUCCUUCUCUACCGGCUCCCCGAGCACGACGAGGCACCCGCCUUCCUCCUGGAGUGCGACCGCGCGGCGCUGGGCGCGCUGCAGAGACACCUGGCGCUGUACAAGAUCCGGCGGAAGGUCACGGUGGAGCCGCGCCCCGAGCUGCGCGUGUGGGCUGUGCUGCCCCGCACGCCGGCGGAGGCCGGCGGGGCUGUGCCAGAGGAUAGGGCGCAGAGCGCGCGCCCUGCGGGGAGUGGUGCAGGGGAGGGGCCGCCCCCAGCCCCGCGGACGUCUCAGCGCUCAGGGACCCGCCCCCUCCACCCCACAGGCGUUCCCGAGGGGAUCCAUGACCUGCCCCCAGGAGUGGCCCUGCCCCUGGAGUCCAACCUGGCUUUCAUGAAUGGUGUCAGCUUCACCAAGGGCUGCUACAUCGGUCAGGAGCUGACGGCCCGCACCCACCACAUGGGCGUCAUCCGCAAGCGCCUCUUCCCGGUGCGGCUGUCGGGCCCUCUCCCGGCCGGCGGCGUCAGCCCUGGCACCCCGGUGCUCACUGCGUCCGGGCAGGCCGCCGGCAAGUACAGGGCAGGCCAGGGGGACGUGGGCCUGGCCUUGCUGCGGUCAGAGCAAAUCAAGGGCCCUCUCCACAUCAGGACCGCUGAGAGUGGCCAGGUGGCCUUAACUGCCUCCGUGCCGGACUGGUGGCCCACAGCCACCAAGUAGCUCUGGAGCUGCCAGGGGCCGCGGAGCGCCCUGUCCAUCUGCUGCGCUCUGCAGGCUGGCCCCCGCUUCCCACGGUUGUCUGGUUAAUGCACACACCCUCCGGAGGCCCCCCAGUGUCGUGGCCCUCCCAGGCUGCGGGCAUCGUGGGUGUGCAGGUAUGGCCCGGAUGUUUCCCACAGAGGGUCCGAUGCCCAGCUCGGGCUGUCCUCUCCCGGCCGCCCUGUGGCCAGGAGGGGCAGGAGCCCUCCCGCAGCGUGGGGGUGAGGACAAGCAGGCCCUGCACCUGCUUCUGGGCUGAGCUGAGCUGCAGCUUCUGCCAGAUGAGGAUGGACAAGACCCCAGCCGUCCGGGUUUAGAGGGUGUUCAGCCACCCGCCCAGGACAAGCACAGUCCAGAGCCUUGCCCCUGGGCUGCCUGCACCCGUCUCCCAUUUGGGCUUGGCUGAAAGGACAGGUGGGCCCUGGGAACUGCCUUACCAUGUGCAGGCUGUGGGGGGCCCCGCCAGCAUUUCAGGUGGGGUCCCCACCUGUGCUCCGUGGUCUCGGCAGCAUGCGCCCCACCCCCGGGGCUGCUCAGGGUGCGGGGAGGAGCUUCUGCUUGGUUUCCUUGCUGCUGGUUUGAGAUGUUGCUGUGUCCUGACAGCUGACUCCCCCCUCCUUAAACCACUGACUUCCAUUGUCCCCUGCAAUGUGAACCUCAUGCUUACAGGGUGUCCCACUUGAUGCUCCGGGGCGGCUAUUAAAGCGUGACCCACCAGCA